UGAGAUCAGCCCCUGGGCAGGGCAACCUGCUCCAGUUCCUGCACACCUGGAGACGAUUGCAGGCAAUCAAGCCAGAGUGAUUUAAGGCUCACACUGACGUUUAUUCACUGCAAGUUUGUCAUCAGCCCAUUUUCUGGAUUCACCCUGGCUCAAACCUUUGGCUCAUGCUCUACUCGCUGACUGAUACCAAGCCACCAUUCUGGAAAUCAUUCUGUGUCUCACCUGCCCUCCUGCCAUCACACUCCAUCUGGAACCUCCGGAUCUCAGGCCAGCCUCUCCAUGCCACUCAGCUCACCCCGGAUCCCCGUCGCCCUCCUCUCAUCGCUCUGUUUCUCCUCCUACAAUGUGACUGCUUACUGCUCAGCUCCAGUCUGCUUCGAGGCCCCGUAAGGAGCAAGAGGCCUCCAAGUUUGUAGCAGGCAAUGACAAUCAGCUUAUUAUUGGUGUUAGUUAAACAUUGUGGUGAUGGAGGCCAUGCUCUCUGCCUGCAAAGAGACCUACAUGGGGGUUACACAGAGCCGUGUGAAACUUUUAAGAGCAUCGCACUCUGCAAGAGAGACUUCAAGAUCCAGUCCCUGGAAGUGUGGGGCAUCCAGAACUCCAUUUCCUUUUCUCAUUGUUUUCCUUCUAAGUGAGUUAGAGAAAACAGCACUGUGACUAUUUUUGGUAAAGACUGAAACAGUUUUUCCUUCAAAGAAUUUGAGUGAUUUUGAUUGAUAUGCAGCCUACAGAUAUUUCACACUUGUCCUGUGAAAUGCUAAAUUGUGUAUUUUUGUAUAGUUAAGUGAGAUUUUAGUUUGUUAAUCAAAGUUUAUUUGUACAGAUUUGGGUCGCAUGCAAUGUCUUAGUGAACUUUAAAAUCCAGGUAAACAAAGGUUGUAAUCUCAGGGCAGCUCUGAAGGAACACAAUGACUCUCUUUAUGGUGCAUAUACUCACUUUUCUGUGAUGAAUCUAGGAGAACUAGUUUUAUAAUACUCUGUAAUAACUAAGGCACUACAUUGACUAAAGGAUAAUAUAUAUACAUGCUUUGAAAAUGCCACUGUACCUGGUUUUAAUUUGGAAAACGGUAACCACUGUUUAAUUGUGUAUUUUGAUAUUGUCGUUUAUGUAGAUUUGAUACAGAGUUAUACAAAACAUCUCUUUUGACAUCCUUUGUCAUUUGCUAACUUAUUCAGAUAUGUUUUAUUAUAAAAAUUGUGGCUGUAACUGUGAUGGGAUUGAAAGCAAGUAAGUACCCUUUAUGGUAAUGGAAGUGACAUCUGAAAGGAGAAUAUGGUUUUCUUUGUUUAGUGAUAACAGAGAAAAAGAAAAACUACUACUGAUAUAAUGUAAAAAAAAAAAACAAAACAAAAAAAACAACAACAAACAAACCUCAAUAUGUCUGGUUGCCCUUAUUUCUGUUUUGGAGAGCCUUUGAUAUCUGUGUUCAUUUAGUUUCAACAACCUGUGUUUUUUUUUUUUUUUUUUUUUUUUUUUUUUUUUUGUUUUGUUUUGUUUUUGUAUAAACAAAUGAAAUCAAUAAUGUAAAAAAGAAAAGCAAACGACGCUUCUCAACGUCAACACUGUCCACGAACUGAGGAUGUCCCUGUUGGACAUCUGACUGAACCGCAAAGAAAAAAACCAGUUUUUGAAAGUACGUGGGUACUUGAAGGCACCAUGCAAGGGAGAGAGCAUCAACCUGAAAUUGCUGCGGCUUGUUUAGCAGUCCGCAGCGACUAGCAGUCCUUUCAGACGAAGAAGUUUUCACUUAAAACUGUAGACAGAGGCUGUGGCAAGCUUUCUCUUUUACGGAUUAUUAGAGAGGCUGCAGCAAUGGGCCCAGACACCACACCUGUCCCUAAAACAGAAUCUGCAGAGGAAAGUCCAGAAAUAGUGGUGGUGAAAAUAAUCUCAGAAUCAGAUUCCAGUGAUGCUUCAGUGACCGAGCCAGAGAACUCCAAACAGCCACAGAGCAACACAUCAGACAAGUGUUACCCUUGCACUGUCUGUGGCAAGGUAUUUGACAGACCGUCAAAGCUGGAGAGGCAUAAACCUGUACACACGAGGAAGCCCAAGACUCUUCAUAACUGUGAGCAUUGUAAUAAGAGCUUUACACAACAAGAGAAGCUGAUCCGACACCAGAAUUGCCACAGUAGGACUAACAAGCAUCCCUGUCCCGACUGUGGAAAAGUGUUCAAUAGACCCUCAAAAUUAGAGAGGCAUAAACGCACACACACAAAACAACCCAAGGUACCUCAUCAGUGUUCAUACUGCAUGAAGACGUUCAGCAAACUUAACAAACUCAUUCGUCAUAAGCGUAUGCACACUGGAGAGAAGCCUUUCACCUGUUCGGUCUGCGGUAAGGGAUUCUCCGAGUCAGGUCACUGCAAAGCACACGAAAAGACACACGAGGAGCAGCCAGAAAAACCUCACAGUUGUGCAGAUUGCGGGAUGUGUUUCUUCAAGGCCUCAGAGCUCCGUAGGCACUUGCGCUCCCACACAGGAGAGAAGCCUUUCAAAUGCACCUUGUGUGAGAGCUGCUUCUCUCGCUCUGAGGGACUGAAAAGGCACAUGAGGAGCCACACAGGGGAAAGACCAUACAAAUGCAUUAUCUGUGGCAAGCAGUUUUAUUCUCGCCAGGAUUUGAAUAUUCACGGAUUGACCCACACAGGGGAGAAGCCACAUCUUUGCCCUGUGUGUGGUAAAGGCUUUUCACAGCUGGGCAACAUGAAAGAGCAUGAACAAAAUGUUCAUAUUAAGUCAGAAAAAUAUAUUUGUAAUGAAUGUGGAGCAACGUUCACACGAUACAAGUCACUGACAAAGCAUCGGCGGACACAUACUGGAGAAAGACCCUAUUUGUGCCUCACCUGCGGCCGCAGGUUUUCAUGGAGCCAUUCCCUUAGCAGACACCGGAGGUCACAUGCACACAGACAGAUGGCUGGGGACACAUCCAAAGAAAUACUAAGUUUUGAAGGACCUUCAGAGAAUCCCGAGAGUGUAACGUAAAAGCCGAGUACUUUUUAAAAGCACUUUUCCUCUUCAUUUAGUUUUGCUGAAAAGAAAGAGAGAGAAGCUCAUUUCUGUUCUAUUGACAAGUUAUUUAAAGUUCUUGUGAUGAUUCACCUCUCUGCUUGCAUUGCUGCCUGUCCACUAAAAUUCUUUUUAAAAAUCUCAGUUAGGACAGGUCACCAGGUCAGUGCUAGAAGAUGUGUUUGCUGAAGUCUGUAUUAAUUGGAAUACAGCAGCAGUUAAAAUCCUGGAUGUGCCUAGAAUAUGUACUGUUUGAUCUCACAGCUCAGUGUAGGUCUGCUCUGUUCACUGUUAUGACAUGUGGUGUGGCUAUAGUUUAAGAAUAUUUCAUAGUACUUUACCAAAGGACAAGAUAAUAGAGUUGCCCUGCCAAAUGGCUGGAAAGUUUCUCUGGACCUACAGUUAUAUCAGUACAAUAUCUUGUAUGGUGCAGUACAAACCAUGAUGUAGCUAAGCAUUGCUUCUUUCUGCAGUUUAUAAAACAAAGUGUACUUUCUUUUAAAAGUAAUUGUUCCCUAAUUUGCCAUCAUAAUAAGUGUCAAAUAUGCAGAUUUUGCAUUUACAGUCAAUUACAGUAUUUUUUUUCAGUAGGUAAAUCUUUACAAAAUGGUUAUGCUCUGCUAAAUUAGAGUAAAAAAGAAAAAUGAAACUGCAGUAUUGUCCUCUGGGCAGGACCUGCAGUGAUGUCACAGUGGCCAGAGGUACUCCACUCUUGAGUGCAGUAGCAUUUUUCAGCUCAUACAAGUUGUGAAAAAAAUUACAUGAACAAAGAACAUUGUACUUUUUAAGUUUUUAUAUCAGUAUAAUUUUAUAUUCGAUGUACAACAUAUAUAUGAUGUAGUUGUGUAAUCCAAUGAUUUUAUCUUAUUCAUGCAUGAUAGCUUACAUUCAAUAAAGAUACAUUGUGAUGUACUGUGA